AUGGUUUGCACCCACACUGCGUGAUGUCUUUGUUCCACUGUUGCCCCUUGGUUCCUCAUCCCUUUCCUGUGCCAAAAUGCCUGCCUAUGGCCAACUCUUUCUUACUCUAGGAAAGGGAUCACACAUAACAUCUCUCUAAAUCCCUAGGGCCCUAGCUAGAGAGAGACUGAUAGCAGCUCUUGUCUCCUCCUGCAUCUCUUUAUAAAAAGGACAGGCCCGUCUCCACACUGUCCAUGAUCACCCUGGGCCCUUGUAAAUUGCCCCUCCAACUGCAGAUCUCCUCUCCAUCUCCCUGCAGCUUAUAUGCAUCUAUUCCUGAUCUCUUCCCUCUUCCCCCAGUGCUUGCUAUCUCCCUAGCUAGCUAGAUCUCUCUCUCUAGCUCUCUCUUCUCACAUGUCUACCAUCUACAUGAGCCAACUGUCUACUCUUCCUCUAAUGGAGGGAGAGAAAGAUCAGGGGCUCUUUCCGGCCUUCGAUGUCAUGAAGGACCCACCUAUCUUGUUCCCGUUCAUGAUCAACAACCCCGUGGAUCAGCUCCAAGGGCAAAGUAGCUAUGGAGAUCAACGCUUGAGGCAUCAAGUUUUGGCUGAAUCUACUCAUCAACAGUUCACCGAUCGCAUGAUGAUGAGCGGAUCAGACGUCUUCCCUAGGCCAUCACCAUUCCGGCCGACUAUUCAAAGUAUUGAUGGUGACAUGAUCCAGCGGUCCGCAUAUGAUCCAUACGAUAUCGAGAACAAACGUGCUGAUGGAUCGAUCAGUGGCUGGGCAGUGGCACCGCCAGCGAAGAUGAAGAUCAUGAGGAAGGCGACGAGUGAGUAUCCCGAGGGAGGGGCAGCGAGAAAGCCAAGGAGAAGAGCACAAGCACACCAAGAUGAGAGCCAGCAACUGCAACAGCAGGCUAUGGGUGUCGUUAGAGUGUGCUCCGACUGCAACACCACCAAGACCCCCUUGUGGAGGAGUGGUCCUCGUGGCCCCAAGUCUCUUUGCAACGCAUGCGGCAUAAGGCAAAGGAAGGCGCGUCGGGCGAUGGCGGCUGCUGCCGCGGCAGCUGCUGCCAGCAACGGAGGCGCUCCACAAGUGGCCAGUGUCGCCUCACAGGCAAAGCCGGCCAAGAAGGAGAAGAGAGCGGAUGUCGACCAGUCGCUGCCGUUCAAGAAACGGUGCAAGAUGGUUGCCGUAGAUCACGCUGUCACGGCUGCCAAGGCGACGCCGACAGUCGCUGCUCCGACCAAGCAGGAUCAGGAUCACGUCUCCAGUGACAAGGUUGCUGCUGCUGCGACAGCGGUGAGUCUGCAGAGCAAGGUCGCCACUCCUGAUCCGCCGGCGAUGUCGAUCCACGCCUUCCCCGCCGACGAGAUUACAGACGCCGCCAUGCUGCUCAUGACACUGUCCUGUGGGCUCGUCCGCAGCUAGCUAGCGAGCUAUAGCUUCUACUAGCAGCUGAGAGAUCACCAGUAGACACUGAUGAGUUCGACACUACCCCUAUCAUAUAUAUUGCUUGUGUUUCCUUGUUUGAUUUUGUGUUGAGGAAGAGCAAGAAGAUCACCAGGAGAGAUAGAGUGAUCACAUGCCAAGGCAAAAUAAUAAUAAGCGAAAAACUCUGGCUAGCCAGUGAUUAGUACCAGGAUUUGCUCUAAGAGUGAGUUUUUUAAUUAAUUUUACCUUUUUUCCCA